CCGAAAAGUUGAGUAAAUUGGGAGUAUUACAAACGGCCUUAACAGAGAAAGUGAAAAUGGAGAUUUCUUCAGCCUUCGACAUCGACGAGACGACGAACCGAACGCCAAGGAAGAACUACGAAAGAACGCCGGCUCGCUGACCGCGGACCCGCCUGUCGCGCUUACCUUUCGUCCAUCUCGGCUUCUCGACUCUCGCCCUUCUCGGCUUCUCAGUCCAGCCUUUUGACGCCUGGUACAGUAGUGUGCCGUGCUUACAGUCAUCCAGCGGAGUCACCCUCAGGCUUCACCGCUUCAGACUUCAGCCUUCAGGGCUUCAGGGGUGAAACAUUUGACGUGGAGACUUCUGAGUCUUGGACCUUGAACGUUAGUAGGUGUACAACUUCAGACCCUGAAAAUGGAGAAUCUCCUAUCUGUGAUCUCUUCAGAGAAGGGAGGCUAAAGGACAAAUGUUUGAUUCUUUUGAAUUUUCUCGAGGAACACUCUGCAUAUCCUUGAGGAAUCAGAUAAUUAUUGCUGUAAAGAAGAAGAAAGUUUCAAAUAUUGAGCUGUAUUUUUUAGGGGGACAUUUCAGCAUUUAUGCAUAUAUGUUUUCAAUAUCUUGGAAAUGGAUUUUCUAUCUCUCUUGUUGAUUUUUUAACUUUUCAAUACCAUAAAAGUAUUUCAGUGGUAUGCAUUUGCACGAUUCUAUUGUUGGAACUUGCUCUCCAAGAAACACUUUACUAUUAUAUUAUCAUAGAUUUUCAUUUUUUAAAGGUCAUGAAGAGGGCUAUACCAUUUGGAGAGCAAGUGGAUAUCUCGUCAGAUGAUUCUGAUGUUGAUGAUGUGAAACCAGAUCUUGAUAUUGACCAUGUAAUCAACACCAAAUUUGUCAUUCAGCAACCAUUGAAUGAAUUUUCAGAAGAUGAGCUGAUAAGAACUUCCCAAAUGUACCAAGAAUACAUGCAGAAGCUACCAGUCCCUUCACACCAUGGCUCCGUGAUCCCGUUCACAUCAUGGAUGGGAUUAGCUGCAUCCCUUAAGAGGCUUUACGGUCAGCCGCUGCAUUACUUGACCAACAUUCAGAUGAAGCAAUGGGACCAAGUUAGGAUCGGAACCCAUGACGAAGAUGUCCCAUUGGAUACCAUAGUCCAUCCCUGUAAAGCUGAAGCCACCAUCUGGGCUAUUGAAGAGGUUAAUAGAUGUACCUGUUCACAUCUCUAUUUGGCUAAACUCUGGCAAACCAAUCCGCGGCAUCACACUUUUAUUGACCCGAUUGUUCCAAAGCUUCAAACUUUGUCAAAGUAGUAGGCAGUUCUAUUCCAGGCUCUAGUAAGCUUUGAGUUGCUACAUUACGGAAAACUACUUUAAAUGAAUUUCCCUAGUUUAUGUUUAUUUGUGUAUGUAGGUUAUACUACUAUGCACCGUAUGUGAGCAGUGAUGCAUAUAAGUAAUACUCCGGUAACUUUGUAUUUAUUAUCUGAAUAUCUGGCAAUCUGGGAUAAUUAGCCCAUUUAAUAUGAGCAUUCAAAAAACAUCCCAAAAAUAUUUUAGUUUAAUAAUACAUAAUAAGAGUUUCAU